CCUAGAAUGCUGCUGUAGAGCACUUCGGAGAUAGAAAACGAUUCCAAAGUAUAUCUACUUGUUAGGCUCGUUUGAAUCGACACUGGAGUAGCUUAACUGGAUUCGUUUGACUUUUUCGCUCGUUUGAAAAAAAUUCCCCCGCGGGAUCCGCAUUAUAAUCUCAGUUGUUGUCUGAGGCUUAUUAUAUCUUAUGAAAGCGUCCUUAAGUCAUUUCAUUUAUUAAGUCUUUUUUCUUAAAGAAUGUUCUGACGAGAAACGGGGUGAAAUAAGAGAAGAAAUGUAGAAGAAUGAAGAACCGUCAACAGAGCGUUGAACACCUUGUUUUGGUGUUAUUAGUGAUUGGCUUUGGACUCACACAAGCCAAAAUAGACCCAAGGGAAACCCACGAAAAAAGAUUACUCAAGGACGUAUUCGCGAAUUACGACAAAGAAGUUCGUCCAGUAUUUUACAAGAACAACACGGUUAACGUCGAGUUCAGUCUCAGCUUGAUUCAAAUUAUAUCAGUUAACAGCAAAUCACAGCUGGUUACUAUAAGUGUUUGGAUUCGACAGAAAUGGAAGAAUCCGAUGUUAGCAUGGAACGAGUCUCACUACGGUGGAAUCAAGUUGGUCAAUAUCAACCCUGAAAAAGUGUGGAUACCAGAUAUUAUCCUCUAUGAUAACGCGGACGAAACCUACGCAGGUGGACUGGAAAAGUACAAAACAGCAGUGAUAUUAAAAAGCGAUGGCACGAACGAGUGGUUCUCGCCAGCUUCAUUCAGGAGCACUUGUACCAUCAAUGUUAAAUACUUUCCGUUUGACAGUCAAAACUGUCCUUUAAAAUUUGGCUCAUGGACUUAUGGGGGAGACCGCUUGUCAAUGACAUCGUCGUCCAAUUCAGCCGACCUAAAGAGUUACGUCAAUAACGGAGAAUGGCAUCUGAUUAAAAUGACCGCCAAACGUAACAAGGUUUUCUACAACUGUUGCAAAUACCCCUUCUAUGACGUCACAUAUAAUCUCAUAAUCAAACGAAAACCGCUGUACUAUGUGUUCAACCUGAUUCUCCCCUGUGCUUUGAUCGCGACGUUAACCCUGAUCAAAUUUUUCCUCCCGCCAGAGUCAGGCGAGAAGGUGGGUCUAGGAAUCACCGUCCUCUUGGCUAUGACCGUGUUUCUUCUCCUUGUAGCAGAGACUUUACCCUCCACGUCAGAUAACAUUCCCUUAUUAGGGCAAUACUUUGUAGUGACGAUGUUUGUUACUGCGAUUGCACUGAUCGCUACGUGUUUGAUUUUGAAUUUCUUUCACCGUAACCCAGCAACGUCGCCAAUGCCUCGAUGGGUCAAGGUCAUCAUCCUUGGUUACAUGGCCCGGGUAUUCUGCUUCGGGGUUAUGAAGGAAGAAGAAAGUAAAGUCAGCCCCAAGAAGAAAAAAAGGAUUGAGUUUGAUAUAACGGGACCUGAAGGACUUACGAUGGACGACUUGGCGAGUCUACGAGGAGAAUUUGAGAGUCCGCGAUCGGCGCGAUUCACACGAGGGGAUUCAUUAGCCUAUGCCAGCGGUCGUAGCACUCCGUGCAGGCGCAGUACAAGCAUGAUGAGUACAUACACCCAACUAAAUCCUCUAACUGAACGGCUAUUGGAGGAUAUUAAUGUACUUGCUGAUGACGUCAGGGAUAAGCAGGAAGACGAGAGGCUGAGAGAAGAAUGGCGAUGUGCAGCUCUGGUUCUUGAUCGUAUGUUUUUUUGGAUCAUGUUGGUAGUAUCUUUGCUCUGCUCGUUCUUGAUAUUCUACCGCGAACCUGUUAUGGAGGGUUGAUGAACUUGAAAUAUGGAAGAACGAUUUGUGAUAAUUUGGAUCCCUGUUCGUUGAGGAUAAGCCAAUUCAGCAGUACGUUUAUUGGAGGAGUUUUCUUCAAAGGCAAGACCGGCAGAAUAAUUCUAGUAUAAGGAUACGAGAUUUGGGAAGACUGGACAAAAGCGACCUUGAAGAUUUUUGCAUAAUUCCUGGGAAGUUUUUUACACAUAGUUCUUGAAUGUCAAUUCUUGUUUUAAAGUCAAACUAACGUUUUGUGAGACAAGAUUCUCCCUUCAUUGGGUCGAACUGGUUUCAGUUAUUUUGAUUGGUUCUCAGGAAAUGACGUCAACCUUCAAAUGACGUCACUAAUCCAAAAUAACGUCACACCUUUCACUGUCGCUGUUCCUAAUAAUUCCGUUAACAACAUACCCAUUGCUAGAGAGGAUGCAUUUUAGAAGAGGUCCCAAUGAUGAACUGUGUGGAACACCUUUAUGGAAUUAAAUUCACUAUGGAAUGGAUUGAAAUUGGGUUCUAUGGAAUUGAAACUUUGAAAUUUCUUGAACUUUUGUAAGAUACUAGAGACAUUUUGACAAUUUUUUAUCGACACUUUAUAUAGAUUUAGAAUUUCAACUAAGUUCAGUUAACUUAUUAAAUAAAUAUCGCAUUUGACGAGGCCAACAAUCUGACUAAAAGCAUAAACAUUUGGUUUAAAAAAAAACAAAAUCCAAGAUUAGCGACAAGAAAAACAGAAAUCACGUGAUAUGUGACAGCACCAACACCCGGCCUAAUGCUAUAUCCACGCCUCCAUAUCAAGAUGGUUUAAAGUCUGUUAAAAUUCUUGGGACGAAUUUGCUGCAGUUAGAAAAUUCUUUUAAGUUCCACAGAUUUUUCAGUAAUUUUUUCCUACAAAUUUCAAAAUUCUAUUUUCUAUGCUGUAAGCAGUUAUACGCCGAAUCGAAAUAUGACGACCAUUUUGAAUAACUGUUGUUCUGAAUUGACUAGCGACUUACUAGCCUCGUGUUAACAUGGAAAUAUAAAAGCAUUUUCACAUGUAUGGGAGGCUAGUCAGUCGCUGGUCAGUAGAGAACAACAGUUAGUCAAAUUAGUCGCAUAUUUUGAUUCGGUGUCUUAUAACGUUGAUAUCGGAUAGUACCCAUAAAUCUUUGCGUGGGUGUAUACUUAUAAACCAUCACUGUUAGAUCAGCAUGCAUCACGGCCUCAGCAGCAAAAAAUUUAUCACGUGACGCGCGGAAAUUUGCAUGACCGUGAAUCAGUACUGCUAGCAAAGGAUUAUGGGAAGCGAGGCAAUACUAUCAAGAUAUACCUAUUGCUUUACAGAUAGCGAGUUUUUAUUUCGAUUAUUAUUAGUAAUAAUUACUAUUGUCAAUAAAAAGAGAAACAGUU